AAUAAGCAUGUAUAAUAUUGAAAAAGAUAGGAUUAAAAAUUGUAUAAUACGCAACAUAACUUAACAAGAGGGCGUACAUGAUGUUUCCCGUACAGUAUACAUAAACGUAUUAUACACAUUUGUAAUUCAAAGAUUAAAUAAAUGUGGAUUUAUUUUGAAUUAUUUAAUCAAGUUAUAAAAAUACGCAUAUUUUUUCAGUUUCUUUAUGUUUUGUACAUUAAAAAUAAACAAUUAUAUCGUUUGGUAAUACAAUAAUAACGACUUCAUGAUAAUUACUAGCAAAACUUUUGUCACAAAAUGUGUUUACAAACAUUGUGUGAGCAUGAUAUUUUCAUUUUAUUUGUGACUUUAUUUAAUUAUAAUAUUUAAUAAAAUGAGGAAUGGCUGAAUUACAUAUAAUUGGUCGAAUUUCGUCGGCAAAAGAUUUUAAACAACCACGACUUUUAUGCAAGUGGAGUUUUCAUGCUGGUAGUGGAUGGAAAAUUUUAGAUGGUUGCGAAGAAGGACAAACUCAAGAAAGUUGCGAUUUAUAUACUAACGAACCAGUUUGGGAUCAUCCCGUAGAUUUAUACUAUACAACGCAAACUCUUCAAAAUUCACCAAAACUUUUGUUGCAAAUAUUUCAUAGGGAUACAUAUGGAAGAAUAUUAUUUGGAUCUUAUGGUAUUUGUAACAUUCCUUUGUCUCCUGGAUUACAUUUUAUAAAGUGUCAUACGUGGAAACCAAUUGGUAAUUGGAAAGAUAGGUUAAGAGAUAAGUUUUUAGGAAUAACUUUACAAUUGAAAUCACCAAGUGUUUUGAUUAAUUCCUUGGACAGAUUUGAGUUACUUACAGAAAGUAUGGGUACGAUUAAAAUUGAAUUGCAUAUACUCGCACGAAAUUUUGAAAAAUAUGGAUGUCAUAUGUGAAUACACGUGUCGAUUAUUGGUAUAUGUUAAAAAACAUGGAGUAGAAAUAUGCAACAAUUAACAUAUCCUGAAGUGUGAAAUAUAUAAAAACAUAAGUCACUAUGUUUUUAAUAAAAUUUAUAUUAAUGUUUUUAUAUCUUACGUCGAAUGAAUCGAUAUAUGCAAAGAAAGUUGAAGAAAUAUUUACAUGUGUAAAUGAAACAGAAUGUGUGUAUAUUUUAGAAGAAACUUCAAGCACUACUGUGGAUAAUAUUUAUGAUACAAAUAAUAUUAUUAGUAGUUCUACGUAUCCAACGCAAACUCCAACGUUUCAAUUAGUACCAACUACGCAAGUGCCUCGUAAAACUAGGUUCGGUAACGAAGCAAGAAACCAAAGUGUAUAUAAAAUAGAUUCUGACAUAUGCGAAUGUGAUUUAACGGUAUCAUCUUGUGACAUUAAUUGCUGUUGCGAUAAAGAUUGUAACAGCUUUCAUUUAACUGUGUUUUCAUAUUGUGAAAGUCGUCAACCAGAAUUAUUCGAUAAACGUUAUUGUUAUAAUAGAAAUUUUAUACAACGAAAUAAUACUCCGUUUAUACUUGAAAAAUUGGCAAAUAAUCUUUUUUGUAUUUUAUAUGAUAAUCUCCCACCUACUUACGAUAUAAACUAUGAAUUGGAUAUAAAAACUGCAGAAGAUUUAAGAGAAGUAACGAAUUCAAAUAGACCAACGUGGAAAUGGACAGAUCGAAUAUAUAUAUCUGAAUAUAAUACUUUCAGUCCUUAUCAAGAUGGUGAUGUUACGUGGAUAAUAUCUAACAAUUAUAUUCAACCUUUUGAAAUUCUACAAUCUGGAUUUACCGCAUUGUGUUCUUUUAAGAAAACUUUAAAAUAUCUUCGUAAUUGGAAAGAUCGGUGUUUGCAAACUGAAUUAAUUGACACGAACAAGUUCCUAUUUCCCAUGGCAUUUAAUAAUUUUACAGUUAUAACAUCUCCUCAUUUAUUGAAUGAAACUCAUAUUUUGGUAUCGGAUCAGGUUUGUCCCAAAAAUGUAUGUUUAACUUUAACUAAUUAUUAUUGUAAACAUUGGAAGACUUGUAGCAAUAAUACUUCAUUGGGAUCAUGUUCUAAUGGAAAGUGUCGCAACGUUGUGACAGGUGUAAAAUAUUUAAUUAUUCAUAAUGGUUCUAUGGGAAUUAAUCGUGUUGAUGUAUACUUUGAUAUAGGCAAUGUUUCUCGACAUUUUUACCAACAAUUUGAAGUAAUUUACGAAUGGGUAGAAUUGGACAAAGAAAAGAGUUUCUCUUUGAGUGGUAAUCCUGGCUAUAUUAUUGGAAAACCGUUAAUUAUUGGCACUUUAAAAGUAAAUAAAAGUAAUAAUAUAGAGACUAGAUAUAUCAGUUUUAAUAAAACUAGUAGUUUUUUGACAUUACCUAUAGCUACAAAAUCUGGCGAAUGUAACGAGAUCGACAAAUAUACUCUUGCUUUCGGGGAGGAUAUUAAGUUAAAGUGUUCUGUAUUUUUACACGCUAAUAAUUUCAGUACAGCAUCUUGUAUAAAAUUACAAAAUCUAACUAUGCAUUUUUUAAUGCAAGAUACUUUGUUCAACGUUACACAGACGAAUCAAUACAAUAUUUAUGUUGCUAAGUCAGGUAAUUUUUCUAGUAAUGAUAGUACUGAUUGGGCACAAAUUUUAUUGGAUAGAAUACCACAAAAUGUUAUAGUAGGACAGUUUGUUAAUGGUCGGUUAUAUUGUUCAG